GAAUUCGGUUUAGAGUGAGGCAGCUAGGGCCAGGUCUUGUAUAUUUUUAGCAAAAGCCUAUAUGGACUUGGACAAACCGUGUCUAGUGAAUUUUCUAUUACAAAAUCCUACAAAUUUGGUUCAAAAUGUUGAAAACGAAUUCUUUCGUAGUAAAGUCAAAGUCAAAGUUCAUAUAUGUGUGUGUAUACAUAAACAUAAGAUAGUGAGACCAAACUAGCCCAAAGUCAAACAAUGACAUCUCAAAAACCCUAUAUAUAUGAGUCAUUAUCGAAUUUAUUACACAUACAAAACAAAAAAGGCCCUACACUCACCAAUAGAAAGCUCAUUUUUGUUUUUGUUUCUCAUUCGAAAAAAUAAAAUUCUAAGCAUGAUGAAGAAACAAUUGGUGGUCGUAGUUAUGUUAGUUGUUAUGUUCGUUGUUUUCUUGGACGCUACGCAAGUUGAAGCCAUGAGGCCUUUCCCGGAGACCGUAGAUGAGAUCCGGCUUCUGUUUCAGGCGUUGCAAAGAGGUCCGGUCCGUGGUUCUGGUCGGAACGGUUGCACCAAUAUUCCUCGCGGUUCAGGCAGAUGCCAUAACUGAGCUGUCACACGAAUCUUCAUCUUCAUUUCAUCAUUCUUUGAUCCCAUUUUUUCUCACAUUUGUGUGUUACGUACAUAAUUACAUUUACGUAAUUAUACGAUAUCUUUAGACUUCGAGUCUUCUUCAUGUAAUUGAAUUGUAAUCAACGGAAACUUAAUUAGUUUAUUAGCGUGUUUACUCAAUACAAACAUGUUUUCUUUUUGCUAUACUAGCUAGUUGGUCAAGAAAAUGGCAUUUUUAGAAACAAAUGUAAUAA